AUGCUCCAUUCGGACUUUCUCCCACCAGCCCACAGUCCGAGUCCGCUCAAUUACAUGGCUCAUCUUCGCCACCUUGACCUUGGACGCUGGUCAGAGGUCAUACCCGUUCUUGAUUACUUUUCCACGCAGUCGGAUCACAUUAUGGAUUACCUCGAGACACCUGGGUUCCAGAGUGUCACUGGUCUCGAAUGUCUCUUACCCUCCUACAUCCGUCGAAACAUCCCCGAUCAGUAUGGUCUCCUAGCUGCCUUUCGUGUGGUUCUCUUUCGCGAGCUCAGUUGGACCCUAGCCAACCCGAUCCUAGAACAACUACAGUCAAUGACCAUCCCUGUUUCGGACAUCAAGCGCUACCUCAACAUCAUCGAUCGACUGUGUGACCUGGAGCAAGUCUGGUUCCAUCUGGAUGUCAUCUUUGAGUACUAUGCAGGAGACAUCGACCUCGACGACCCGGAAGAUCAAGAGAUUUGGAAGGAGACAGAAGCCCGCAAGGAGAAAGUCACGCAGGAUAUGAUUCAGUUUGUCAGGACUCACACAGAACGUUUCCCUGGUCGACUAAAGUCCAUUCUCUGCCCUGAUGCUGGAGCGUGGCCAUCUAGGCGUCAGACCUGUCCUGCCGUGACUAUGACCCAGCUUGUUGUGGCCUUGCCCGCCCUCCAUAACCCUUUGGUGAUCAACGAGUCGAAUUGGAUGCAUUUCAUGGCCAGUCUCUCCUCGACGGAUCUUACGCAUAUUCAGGAGGUCGACUGUCCACUUCAUUUUGGAUCAUCCCAUCAGCAAUUGGUUGAUAAUAGGGGCUUUCUGCAAGGAUGUGGGGCUCUGAAGAGGAUGGUGAUUGGCUCGCUUGGACGAGGUGGGUUCCAAUGGGCAGUGCAGGACAAGAAGACGAGCAUGGGCGACACUAGCACAAUUGGCAUUCACAAAUCUCCGAAUACACCAACUUCAGCAGCACGGAGACCUGACAACAGCGAUCAACCUGUUUUAUUUCACCAUUGUCUGGCACCACUGGAGGAGGCGAUCCUAACGGACUCCGCAAUGAUCCCUUUCACGGACGAGAUCGAUGCCGUUGCUUUCGCCUUCAGCUCGACAUUAGAAAGGAUAUUCGCCCGUUCAAACUACGAGCAAUUGAAUCUUCAGCGGUCGCUUCAGGUCGGGCAAGGAUGGGUCGAAUUGCCAGUCUUGUCGGAUCUGUACUUGGAACUCGGAGAUACUCGCCUUGUCAUUGACCCAGGAUUGCUCGUUCACUGCCCCAACAUCGGCGAGGUCUCCCUCCAUGACAACACGUUCGAAUAUCAGCUCGAGGAUGUGGACCAGUCAUCGUACUGCCUGCCAGCUCACCUUCCUCAACUUCAAAAACUAUCACUCUGCGGAUGGAGUGCCUUGCGAUUUCACCCCGACACCCUGCACUCGACGCCAAAUCUCACAAAACUGGAAAUGUCAAUGAAGGUUAUUCAUCCCGACACUUGCUACAUCCCACCACCAACAGACGAUAACUACCUCGAUAUUGAGCGACCUUGUUGGACAUGGGAUUGGGAUCUGCCACUGCUGACGAAACUGGAACUCACCUCUGCGUUUGCCUACAAGUUCCAGUUCCGUAUGCUCGCUAAUUGUCCGACCCUGGAGAAACUGGAGCUCAACAUUCACACCCUUGAAGGCCAACACCCUCGGACCAUCACAAUGUCGGACCUGUUCCUUGAUUCAAUCAUUGACGAUUCUGUAGCAGAGACAGGACAGCAGGAACAGCAAAGGAUUGUUGCACCUGCGCUCCAAGUUGUUAGGAUGAGAGGCCGUUGGUCAAUGGAGUCACCCGCAGUACUGGCCGAGUUUCUAAAGGGCAUGCUUCCAUCUCUCGGACGAUUAUACGCCAAUCAUUGGAUAAAUGUCCCCCUUGUCGCAUUCCUUGAUGCCCUACGAGGAAACCCCGACUCUAAAGUGUGGAGGAUCAGCCUUGACGAAAACAUCUUUGGCGACGGCCCUACUGGAGAGGAGAAUGUGCAGGCGAGAAAGAAGUGGAAGGAGGAGGAAGAGGUCAGGUUAGGGUUGAUUUAUGAUACGGGGGAGGGUUAUAGAAAACGAAUGGGGCGACCUGUUCUGCCGAUGGUUAUCAAGGUCGGGCGGGUCAAAUAUCGAGUGUUGGAGGAUCCCCGAGCACGAGUGAUCAAGAACCGGUUGUUGCGACGUGUCUAUUGGUCGUUCAAGAGGAGUUGGUUCUUUAGAAGACGUAGUUGA